AUCUGCCCAGCUCCCCACGCUCCAAGAUCAACCCCCCAACCCAAACCCCAUAUCCAUCGCCUCCUCCUCCUCCUUCUUCUACAGUAGAAGACAGAUCUAUUUAUAUAUAUAUCCAGUUUAAUCGCACUCAAAUAUCCACUCCAGCUUCACAAGCCAAAUACCCAUCCAAAACUAAGCUUGCACACCUGUUUGCGCGAAACCCUACAGCAAAGAUGUUGGCCAUCCAAAGCGUAACUUUAGCAGCGAUCCUGACGACGAUCUCAGCGUACGAUCUUCCAGUGAUCAUGGUUCCGAAGCCGACGACGACCAUGCAGGCCGGGCAACAUCUCUAUUCACGGCAAUAUUUGAACCCGGCCCAAUUCCUGCCGGGGGGACAGCUGACGGCGGGCCAACAUCUGGCGAGCCAGAUUUCCGGGGGCACCGCCGAGGCCAAUGCCGGCUGCGGAUUGGAGAGCAACGUCUGGGGCCAGGUCUCGCCCACCGCGGCCUCCGGCUUCGCAAACCUUUGUCUCCAAUGUCGCGUCAAUGUCUUCGGCGUCCAGGUCUUCGAAUUCAACUUCUAUAACGCUCUCGCCGCUAGUAUCAAUGCUCAUGGGGUCUCCGCUAGCCAGGCCUCGGUCUUGCAAGCCGCUAUCGACAAUGACCUCCUAAGACUCUCAGCGGGAUCCAAGACAAGCGCGAGUUGCACGGCCGCCUGUGCGGGUGACCAACGAUGUUACUCGUCGUCCUUCGUCGGCGGGACUUGUCAGCUGAAGGCGGUCAAUUACCUGAGCCAGAACCGGGCCGGUGGGCCGCUUGCCCAGGCGUUUCAGGGGCUGUAUGCCAACGGAGGCUCUGGAUAUUGUUCGAUCUGUCCCGGCGACCGCAGUUGUUCGGGUCCGAAGCCCAGUGGCCUACCUCGUCGAAGCUUAGCCGCCGCCAACACAACCGCCGAGGAAUGUCCCUCCGGUCUCUCGGCCUGUCCGAUCUCGUCCGGCCUCACUCUGCCCAACCCUUCCGCCGGCUUCGAAUGUCUGGACGUCCUACAAGAAGUGACGUCCUGUGGAGGCUGUGUCUCUACCGGAAAGGGCAUCGACUGCACCACUCUUAAAGGCGUCUCUUCGUCCGGUUGCUCUGAGGGUAAAUGCACCAUUUUCUCUUGUAAAGCCGGUUACCAAUUCUCUUCCGUCCAUAACGUCUGCUACAAGAGCCACCGGUCCGCCAAGAUCUCCCCCUUUUCUUCUUCUCACUAAACAUCAACACCCUCUUCCCACCCCCGGCGGGUGUCG